AAUCAAUGCAGUUUUCAAUCAAACUUCUUAUCAGACAGGGACACACCCCCAACUGGAUCCAGAUCACAGGAUGGGCCCAUCGGCGCAUGAUGUGGAUUCCGUGACAAGCACACCUGAACAAAGCUAGCUUCCAUUUCCACCUCUCUCCCUCUCUGUCAAUUUCCCAAAAAACCAAACAUCGGCCGCCGGUUCCGACUUGCACUGAUCGACAAUGAAUCGAUACAAGGCACAAACCCGAGUCCAGAUCGAUGAAUCGGAUACCCCCAAGUACAACGACGAUGUACAAGACGAAGAACAACAAGAAGAAAACGGGUUGCGAUUGAGACCGUCGGAGAGCAAUGUAACGGAAGAUCAGGAGCCCUUCAUGGGAGUCAAAGUCAGACGAAAAGCUUCCCUCCGCCGAGAAUACAAAGGAGACUACUUGGAUAUCCCCUCCCGUCCCUUCUUAAUGAAGAUCUUGCAAAAACAAGGUGACAAGCAAGUUUUGUUUGCCGAUAAAAUUUUGAAGUUCACUUCAUCAGGGAAGAUGAAACGGCGGAUUCUUAUGAUUACUGAUUUUGCAAUAUACAUUGUUGAUCCUGACACCGAUUCACUUAAACGCCGGAUAGCUUUAGCAGCCGUAGAUAAGAUGUGUUUGAGUGAAUUGAGCGAUAAUUUCUUCGCGAUUAUAAUUCCAACAGAGUAUGAUUUACUUAUGGCUAGUACUCGCAAAACUGAAAUCGUUACUGUCUUGGUAGAAGCUACCAGGAGUGCUUCUGAAUAUGAACUUGAGGUGGUUUUUUCCAAUAGGUUUGAAUAUAAUGCUUCUGCUGACCUCGUUAAGGAAGUUCAGUUUGAGGAAGUUGAAGGGGGUGUUAGAACAAGAAUUGUUAGGAAGUAGGUGAGUUGCCAACAUGUAUUUGCCUUGCGUGAGACCUUGUGGUGAAUUGCACUCUUCAAAAUGUAAAAAUUAACGAUUCAUUGGUCUUUGUGUGAGGUUCUGCUCUGCUUUGAGGCGACGCUCAAAAGUAUGUAGCUUACUCUUUCACAUAUUUUGUAAUUCUUAUUUCAAGAAAAUAGUUUUGUAUAAAAAAUUUUAGCUUUCGUUCCAUUGGAUUAUGAGAUGUGAUAUCUCCACACUUGGUAGAUAUUGUCACAAUAGAAGAUGCCUCCUUCGUGUAACUUUAAUGAAGUAUACUAUUUUCUGCAAUUCAAGUUGUGUUCUGAUUCAUAUCACAUUGUUGUCGCCCGGGAUUUUGUUUGGGACAGAUGAAAAAUUUGCGUGAUAUGCUGAUAAUGUGAUCAGAAAUGGAUUACCCAUCAGUUACGGUUGAAAUUACCAUCCCUAACUUCAACACGAUCGUCUCAUAUUCUUUUUGCACAUGCGUAAAUUCAUGAUCCCUUAAAUUACAUGCCUUUUGUGUUUUUUUACUUGCUCAAUUUGAUGUGAUUUCAACGUACUUAUUU